GCAGGUUAAUUGUUCGUUAAGUUUUAAAUUUGCUCUGCAAAGCAAAUUAACGUGCGCCAGUUCGUAAUUUUCUCAGUCUUACAAUAUAUUUGUAACCGUAUGAAAUCUUGAGCAAUUAGUUAAGGAUUUACACUUCGACUGAUUUUUGAAAAUUAUUUGAUAAGCGAAUUUUCAAAUAUCACUCGGGGUGUAAAUCCUUCAAUAAUUGCCCUCGGCUAUGCUUUUAUCACGAAAUAACUUGCGCAAAUAUCUCGCCUGGUAGGGUAUUAUUUAAAAGGGUUGCAUUUAAAUAAUAAUACCUUAGGUUGUACCUUGGGAUUUGGUGAAGAUAAACAGUCCGGUAGGUGAAGAGGGCGCUAAAAUGGAAUCAGAAAUAACACAAAUCGAGCUAGACAGAACUGAUGAAGAGAAAGAAACUAACAAGGCGAUAAAAUCCAACAAAGUUGAACCCGAGAGUAGAGAGACGGCAUCUCGAGACCCAACUACAUCAGUUGCAAUAACAAAGACCUGGCGCGUGUUUGUUGGAUCUUCCACCCUUCACGGUCUUCAGUAUGUGUUCACCAGCCGAACGCUGGUACGUCGCAUUCUCUGGGCUCUGUUCCUUGUUGCCGCAAUUGUGUGGUUUUCGUUUCAGUCAUCCAAGCUUUUAAGAAAGUAUUUCAGUCAUCCUGUGACUACAAAAGUUUCGUUAGUGUACGAAGGUUCUCCGGAAUUUCCAGCGGUCAGUAUUUGUAACUUUAACCGAUUCAAAAGGUCUGUUAUUAUGGCAAAAGGGUACGACCAGCUUUUGAAUCAAUAUGAGAGGAAAGUAUUCGGAUUGAACACCGAAAAUUACACCGUAGACUUCGGUGAGCAUCAUAACUUUAACUUUACGGAAUUCGAUUGGCUUGCGGGGCAUCAAAUUAACGACACUUUACAGGGUUGUGUUUGGAGUGGAACGUUUUGUGAUUACAGGAAUUUCACGCCCGUACUGACUUCUAUGGGCCUUUGCCAUACCUUCAAUUCAGGUAGGUCUGCAAGCCGUAACUUCCUAGAUCAGUAUUCUGUUAGAAAUUGCAUGAAUUACAUAAAUGAAACGUUUCUUUAUUGGUUAGAUGGUCAGGCAAAAGUUAACAUCUACAGUGUAUUGUGUUUUGUGUACUGUCAAGGAAAAAUAGUGAACGAAACGACCAAACACAGAAAUGGGAAGGAUGGUGAGAGCAUAUUGAAAGUGAGGCAGGCUGGCUCGGCAUUUGGACUUCAGGUCACAUUAAACGUACAUCGACAAGAAUAUUAUGGUGUAACUUCGUCUCAAACAGGAUUCAAGAUUCUCAUUCAUCACCAGGGGACACCACCUAUGGUUUCUCAGCUUGGUUUUGCAGUGGGUCCCGGUACGAGCACAUUUGCCGCAAUACGUAAACAAAGGGUUCUCAACCUUCCUAACCCUUACGAGAGCAAUUGCUUUAACGAAACUUUCAGCAUUAUUCCCGGUUAUCCGAAAUACACAAUUCCUUCCUGCAUGUUGAUUUGCCAGACUAAGUUUGUGAUUGAAAAGUGUGGAUGCAGAGAAGCAGGAAUGCCUGAUUUAAACAAUACCAAAGUGUGUGAUAUCAACGAAGCAGCAGAUUGCUUAGUGAAAGAAAAAAAUAACUUUUACAUGCUGAAAGAUUACCAGUGCGACUGCCCAGUGCCAUGUGAUUCGAUAACUUUCAAGCCUGCCCUUUCCUACGCUGCUUUUCCGAGCAGCAGCCUUGUAUCAAGUGUGGUUAAAAACCUCUACCCGCCGAACUCACCGAUGAUAACACCAGAAGUCAUCAAAGGUGCAGAAGAAUAUAUGAGUCAGAACAAUGUACAACUCCAUAUAUACUUCCAAGAACUGAAUUACCAGCUUAUUCAAGAGAUACCAGCUUAUGAUUCAGAAAGUCUGUUAGGUGAAAUCGGUGGUCAAGUUGGCCUCUGUGUUGGCGCCAGUCUGCUAACGGUGCUAGAGUUCAUUGACGUCAUAUUUUCUAUGAUUAAAAUACGACUGGGAUUCAGGUGA